GCCGAAGCAUGCAGACUGUAGUGUAGCCAGACUGGCACAUAAAAGAGGGGAAAGGGGAUAAACAGCUCCAGCGACCGGCCAGAAGCAGCGGCGACCAACAAUAGCGGCAGGUAGACGUUGUCGCAUUCCAUGACAGUGACUGGGCGGACCUAAACUGUAUCCCACCGGCCCGUAGAGCACAUUUAACACAUGAACAAGAAGAAAUACUGGCAAAUGUCAGUAAUAGGAGUCAAGCGAGCGGCUUGUGAGGGAUCAGAGCUCUGAGACUGGCUGGCGGAGCCCCGUUAAGACGCACAAGCGGAUUAGGACUCGCGAGCAGGUGCCUUUGUUGGCUCGCGCCGUUGCCAGUGGAGACCCGCAGUAGCCCGACGCGCUUCUGUAAAAUGAAUGCCUGCAAAUGAGCGUCUCUUCAGCGCACGGCGGAUAAAACGCGUCUGACAGUUCUAGGGGUUUUUAACCAAUGCAAGUCCCGGCACCAUGUUCUACGGUUCCUCAUCUGCCAGCAUGUCUCUGCCAUCCAAGAACCGCCUGAAGCGCCAGAGUCGCACUUUUACGCAGGUUCUCUACCGGACACUAAGUUACCGGGACCGCCGCUCUGUGACCGACUUACCUGAGCAGGUGCGGGACGAUCCAGCAGAGCUCUCCACCCAAUCAUCUGCACCAGGUGUACUAAAGAUAUUUGGUGAUGAAAUCAGCGCCGGCGCCAAUUACAAAAGUGUUCUUGCUACACCUCGUUCCAGUGCACAAGAGCUGAUCAAAGAGGCACUUGAGCGUUACUCUCUGAACAAGACCUCAGCCUGUAAUUUUGUGUUGUGUGAUGUGAUCGGACGGUUUGAGGGCCCUGACCGGCGGUGGAGGACUGAGUGUCUUCGGGCACUGGGGAACAAUGAAAAGCCCCUUCUCUUGCAGGACCUCUGGAAGCCGAAGGAGGGUUUCUCUCGCCGCUUUGAGCUCAGACGGCGAGCUGAAGUAGAGGAGCUGGCAGCAAAAGAGAAGGACACGGUCACCGCAGGGACCCACACAAACUCACCUGUACUAUCUGCAACCUUGAGUAGAAGUGGGCAUGGUAGAUGCCAGCGGAGCUCCCCCCGGGGCUGGCGCUUGAUUCAGCCCUGUACAACUUUUGUUAAAGAUAUCAAUGCUCAAGCAAGGAAGCUGCAGAGAAACCGAGCUAAAGGAACGAUGACUCUCCAGCACGGCUCCUCGUUCUGCCGCAGCCUCAGUGAGACCAGCCUUAACCUGGUGGGUUUGCCUGGUGAAGAACCCAAACGCUACUACUCCACCCUUCCAGGACCCAUCAGGACACGCUCCGCACGGGACUCUGAGAUCCGCAAAGAGAGAGAUGGAGGAGGAGUAAAGCACUCGCUCUACCAGUCACCACACCUGCUGCUCCUUCAGGGCUACAACCAACAGGAUUGCCUGGUUUACCUGUUGAACCGAGAGCAGCACACAGUUGGUCAGGAAACAGCAUCAGCACGGCCAAAUAUCUGCCUGUCAUCUCCGGAUGUGCUUCCACUUCACUGCCGAAUUCGCCGUGCUGCGCAAAGACGCUCUUCCUCAGACCAGCGGCUUCUCCUGGAGCCCGUCGCUCAUGGGAAUGUGCUGGUAAACUUCAUGCGAAUCGAGCGUCCCACACCCCUCCGUCACGGGGAUUUGCUGUCCUUCGGUGCUCAUUACAUUUUCCUGUACAAAGACCCACUGAGUGCUAAACCUCUCCCUGCCCAAACUCUCACCCGACUUCGCGCUCUGGCAAAACUCUGCGACGGCGAAUCUGGAAGUUUGCCUGAGAAAGGAGAUGCCUGUCGAAUGUGUGGAGCUGUUUUACAUGAACCGGCAGCAUCCUCUCGGCGCAGCUCUAAAGCUCCAGCACGAGGGUCACAGAAACGAAAGCUGGCGCUGGAAUUUGAGCGGGCUCACGAGGACGCGCUGGUGAACCGGGUGCUGACGCUCAUCGAACCCAGCGGGGAUGACCACAAGCUGACACCAGCAUAUUUGCUUUGUCUAUGCAUCAAGCACUCAGCGAAUACAUUUCCACCUGGCAGCUUCGGCAAACUCUUACAGAAAAUCGCCAAGAGGAUUCAGACCAUAGCAUGGGAGAAGACAAAGGAGUUGGCACAGAAGCAAGCUCAGCAUCAAGAUCCUGCCUCGCUGUCUCUGCUCAGCAUCUCAGACCUCGUACCAGAUCUCCAGUUCAUUUUCUUCUGGAUGUCCAAUGCCAUCGAAAUACUGUAUUUUAUCCAGCAGAAAUCACCUGCGUACAUGCAGACUAUUGAGCUCAUGGACGAUAAAGCAGGAUCCAAAGAAUCUCUUCUCUCAGCGACAAUAUCAGCAAAUGAAGAGGCGAUGACCAUAUUGGAGGAAGUGAUCAUGUACACAUUUCAGCAGUGUGUCUACUACAUCACUAAGACGCUGUAUGUGGUGCUACCGGGCCUGUUGGACUGUAACCCUUUUGGAACGGAGCCUUCAUCAGAGCAGUGCCGGCGGGCCGCAGGAGUGUGUGUGUGUGCAGUGUGUGUGAUGCCAGAGGCCGUUCGCAGGGUGGUCAGUGUGUUUCAGACCACUUCAGACCUGCUCCAGCAGUACCAGGUUCAUUCAGAGAUUCAGAGUCAGAUGUUCGCCUACCUCUUCUUCUUCACCAACGUCUCGCUCUUCAAUCAACUCAUCGAUAAAGGUCCCGCUCGUGGCUGGUUUCAGCGCUCUCGCGUCCUGCAGAUCCAGGCGAGUGUGAAGAUUCUGUUAGACUGGGCUAAAGGUGCAGGUCACAAUCAUCUCGCACAGAAAUUCUUUGCUAAAUUCUGUAGCACAGUGACCAUCAUGGCCUCGCCUCCACAGCAGCUUUCGCAGAUGAGCUGGAAAGCUUUAUGUGCAGAGCAUCCGUCUCUAAAGCCUGUUCAGCUUCACAGAAUUCUCACUCAAUAUCAGCUCAUGGCUGAACUCGGGCCUCUACCAAUCUGGCAACCCAGCAGUGAAGAUGAGGCCUAUAUCUACAGAACAGUUGAUCUACUGGAGAGCUUUGAGAAUCACCCUCCUAUUGUGCUGCCAAGUGCUGGGUUUAAGGUGGAUUUGGAGAGUGACUGUGUGGAGGACAGUAUUUACCGUCAGCUGCUUUACGUUCGUCACUUUGUUUGGGGACUUCGCACUAAAACUCAUCCGUCUAAUGGCUGUGCAGACCGACAGGAUUCCCAGCGUGAGCCUCCACAGCCUCACUCCAGUCCUCAUCCAGCUCCAUCUGUCCGCGGGGAAGGAGAAGGCGAGGUGCGUGGCCCCUCCACGGCCCUCGGAGGAAGAGGAGAAGGAGCAGGAGCCGAAGACCGAACACGGGACAAACCAACACACGGCAUUCACUACAGAAACGGCUCCAGCGCCCGUUACGCCAACCAAAGUCAAGCCACAGACUCCUCCUGUAUACUGACUCCACCAAACACCCCGCUCUAUCCGGAACACACGUACAUACAGUCCAACACAGCGCACUACCCGGAGCAUGCUUCACAAGAGCACACACAUACACACUCGCACACUAAGACCAAUGGUUGCAUGCGUUCUACCCCAGAGCACAAGAAAAUCAAUGGCUUCAUCAGCAAUGGCAUUGAAGUGGACCUGGAUAAAGGACCGUACGGCCUGGGAAUGGGACUGAUCGAUGGACUUCACACCCCUCUGAACUCUCCUGGAAUCUACAUCAGGACUCUGAUUCCAGAUGGACCUGCUGCUGCAGAUGGACGACUCUGCAUUGGUGACAGGAUCCUGGCAGUGAACGGGACCAGUCUUAUUGGAGCAGACUAUCAGAGUGCUGUGGAUUUGAUUCGUCUGGGGGGAGGACGGCUCCGGUUUCUUGUCGCCAAAUCAGAUCUUGAAGUAUCAGAGAAGAUCAGUGCCUCUUCCUGCUGAAAGAGAGGCUGCAAGUGUGACCCUCUACCUAGACGAAAUAUGAGGAGGACAGCAAGUCCUCCGUCCUGAGACUGAAAAACAAGCACACUAUAGGACCUCUCUCAGCGACAACAGCCCUCUGUCUCUUAUACAGCCCUGUACAAUACUGCACUCAAUCAGAAAAACAAACAGAACAACAUCUCUGUCGUUACCUCUUUACCAGUCUGGUUUUGUCUCUUAUAUGUCAAGGAAUAUUGAAGAGGAAUGUGUAUGUGCACAUUAUUUGGCUGAUACUAUAUAAACCAUAGGUCUCAAACUGGAUUCCUUGAGGGCCGCAGCUCUGCACAGUUUUGCUCCAACCCUAAUCAAACACAGCUUAUCCAACAAAUCAAGAGCUGCGCCCGAAGGGCAUCAUGCAACGGAUGCACACUUCAGAAUCUCGCCGGAAGUAGUAGAUCAUCUGGGUACUUCUCACAUACUGUUUUUCGAGUUCUAUGAAUUUGGAAAUAUUACUCGGCUUGCGUACUAUAUAGUAUUGAAGUAUGCGAUUUCAGACGCUGCUGAGGUGUUCAAGACCACUAUAGACUAUUAACAAAGAUUAUAGAAUACACAAGACAUGUCACUCAUAUAGGUUUGAAUUGGGAAAAUUGUCACGGUCAAUUUGGUGAAUGAAGCACCGCCUACUAGUACAGGAGCCAAUCAUCGAUCGCUAUUGACCUUAUUCUUCGAUGCGGAAUUGCGCUUUUUGCGAUUGUUUUAGAACUUCCGACUCAGCUGCCUAUGGUAGAAAUGACUAGGAAUAAUAAACAUCAGAAAACGGUCAAACUACUGGCUCUUCACGCAAGUGUUUUCAUGACUAUACAGAUAAAGUAGAAUAAUAUAAUAAGAAAAUGUCAGUUUGCAACAUCAAGCAGCAAAACCAGCUGUUUUUAACGUUUAAAUAUGAAUGGACGUGAAUGAGACCGGAAGUCUCGAGCCAAAAAUAUUCCAAUGGCUGCGCCCGCUCGUACUUGAAGAAUAAGGUGAAUAGACUGACAGGAAAACUCGGACCAGACGUAUGCUUUUACGACAGUUUGGUGGUCAACAAACGCACUGGAAUCUCAGUGAAUACUUGCUUCACAGACAUAAGAAAUAUGUCCAGAUAAAGCUUGAAAUCUGUACUUUUAAAUUAAUCAAGUGCACUUGAAAACAAUAAUUUUUUUUUUGGUUAUGUUAUCUGUAUGAAAUGAACGCGAGGUACAGCCUGUCCUGUCAAACACACAUCACAUGAUGGCAACUACUUAAACGCCGACAAACUUGUAAACAAACAAGUUGUGAAUUACUUCAGAAGAGCAGCGUGAUCUGACUAACAUUAUCCAGAGGAUGAUAAUGAGUAGAACGCCAUAAAUGAGGCUGGUGUCGUGAUCGCAUUCCUUUUGAGUGCGCAUGCGCAUUAGUUUGGGCAUACCUGAAAAUAAUUAUGCAGUUUGUUUAAUUCAAAAGUUUAGAAACUAAACUUAUGAGACAGAUGUUGUUUAAUUUUAUUGGUGAUUACAAAUAUGUAAUGUAAUCAUAAGCUUGGCAAACAGUUCUGGAGAAUUUGACGUUACCCCAUUCAGACAGAAUGCCCGAGCAUACUGCCCGAGAGGCGUUUCAAAGAUGGCCGCUGAGUGAAAUGACUUGCCCUAAAGGGACUUUGCUAUGAAGCAGGUGUGAGUUGGAGGUGAUUGGAGCUAAACUAUGCAGAGCUGCUGCUCUCCAGGAAUUGAGUUUGAGACCACUGAUAUAAACAAAUAGCAAACACGGAGUCUUAAUUUGCUUUUAAUAAUAAAAAAUGUAAAAAAAGAAAAGAAAAAAAAAAAACAGUUACAGGUAAACUAACAAUAAAAAACUAAACAUUUUAAUGACCUUCCUAAAAGGCACAUGAGUCUUUAAACAAAUAUCUUAUUCUUGAUGGUUAAUAAAUAAAGAUUUGAGACGUAAAACUCUUCUAAAACUUCACAUUUCUGUCCUGAUUGCUAAAAUCUUUUACAAAACUUCUCUCUUUCACACUAAUAGUUAAUAGUGUUGGGUAAAGUUACUUUUAAAAAGUAAUAACUUACAAUCUUCAGUCUUUCAUUCAUUUUCCUUCAACUUAGUUCCUUUAUUCAUCAGGGGUCGCCACAGCGGAAUGAACCGCCAACUUAUCAAGCAUAUAUUUCACACAGCGGAUGCCCUUCCACUGGGAAACAUCCAUACACACUCAUUAACACACAUACACUACGGCCAAUUUAAUUUAUUCAGUUCACCUAUAGCGCAUGUCUUUGGACUGUGGGGAAACCGGAGCACCCAGAGAAAACCCACGCCAAAAUGGGGAGAACAUGCAAACUCCAUACAGAAACGCCAGCUGAAUCAGCUGGGACUUGAACCAGCGACCUUCUUGCUGUGAGGCGAUGGUGCUAACCACUGAGCCACCGUGUCGCCCCAAACUUUUUUUUAAAGUAACUAAAUGAGGUACUUAGUUACUUUUUAUGUGUAGUAAUGUGAUAAUGUGUGUUAUGAUUUUUUUAAAGAUUAAAGUAGGCUUAAGAUUGUAAUUACAUUUUACCCAACACUGAAAGUAAACAAAAAGAUGUCUCAAAUACUUGAACCUUUGAUAUGUUGAACAAAAUGCACUUAAAAUCAGUUUCAAGAGAGUUAUUUCAUGGUGCGACAUACUUUCUCUCUGUCUUCAAAGUAUCUUAAACUUCAGUUUUCAUGUUAGCAAUACUCACAAAGGCAACAACUUUACGUUCAGUGACUCACAACCUGCAUAUAUAUAGGCAUAUAUUGUUUUCAAAAAUGAAGUAUUAAUAUACGACAUAGAAUUCAUAAUAUAAGCUUUUUGUUAAUAUUUAAAACGUAUCUCUGCACAAG